UCUUUGGCCGUGUGCGUGCCAGUCCGUGUGUGUGUGUGAGAAGAAGAAAGAGAGGAGAAAUGCGUGUGCUGUCGUGCAAAUUUCUUGGCCGAGUUGUGAACUCCGCGCUGCCCCAACAAAUUAUUUCGCAGCGAUCCUUAUCCAGAACCCCAGCAGUCAUGGUGAAAGUUGGAGACUCCCUGCCCGCGGUGGACCUCUUCGAGGACUCCCCGGCCAACAAGAUCAACACCGGCGACCUGGUCAACGGCAAGAAGGUGAUCAUCUUCGGCGUUCCCGGCGCCUUCACUCCCGGCUGCUCCAAGACCCAUUUGCCCGGCUAUGUGAGCUCCGCCGACGAGCUGAAGUCCAAGCAGGGCGUGGAUGAGAUCGUCUGCGUGUCGGUCAACGAUCCCUUCGUGAUGUCCGCCUGGGGCAAGGAGCACGGAGCCGCUGGCAAGGUGCGUCUCCUGGCCGAUCCCGCCGGUGGCUUCACCAAGGCCCUAGACGUGACCAUCGAUCUGCCCCCACUGGGCGGCGUGCGCUCCAAGCGCUACUCCCUGGUGGUGGAGAACGGCAAGGUGACCGAGCUGAACGUGGAGCCCGAUGGCACCGGACUCAGCUGCUCGCUGGCCAACAACAUUGGCAAGAAGUAAAUGGAUUCCAGAAACUCACACAGUAAUGCUAGGCCGCAAUGAUAUCAAUUACGUCUUCAAAAGAUUUAUGUAGCACGUACAAUAAAUAAAUGCGAUUAGAGAUGUUA